UUUUAUUUUCUUGUGUGUUUUUUUUUACACAUGUAGUGACCGAGAAUGGAGAAGGCGACGAGCUUGUCGGGAUUGGUGAGGACGAAAUCGGACCAACUGGUGGAGACACUAGCGGCGGCGUUCAAGUCCCCGCCGUCUUCGGUGGCGGCGGGGUCAGGAGGGAGCGGUGAGGUGUCGGAGAGCGUAGGAGCGUCGAGGAGGUCGAGCCGGAGGAUGACGGGGGCGUCGCCGGGAAGAAGCGGCGGCAAGAACACGCACAUCCGCAAGUCCCGGAGCGCGCAGAUGAAGUUCGAAGUGGAGGAGAUGAUCAACAGCGGGGCGGCACUCAGCCGAGCUUCCAGCGCCAGCUUGGGGCUUUCCUUCUCCUUCACGGGCUUCAACAUGCCCCCCGACGACAUCAUCGCCGAUUCCAAACCCUUUAGCGACGACGACAUCCCUGAAGAUAUAGAGGCUGGAACCGGAAAGCUCAAAUUCCAGACUGAACCCACCUUGCCAAUUUAUCUCAAGUUGUUCUGCAGCUUGAUUUUGGAGGGGGUGGUUUGUAUAGAGUGAGAGACAGUUUCCCAAGUGUUUUUAGACCUCUUUUUGAGUCCUUUUGAGUUCAUCUGCAGUCAAGGAAAGAAGGGUAUGGACUGUCUUUCCCCCUUGCCAUGUUCUUAAACCUUAAUAAAAGUAUCGACUAAUAGUCUCCUGAAUUGUGUGUAAGUAGAACUUGGGAUCUUGACUUGCAAUAAUGCAAAUGGUGAUUAUGCAGUUCAGUGAUGUGACAUACAAGGUGGUGAUGAAAGGAAUGACUUCAACCCAGGAGAAAGACAUCUUGAACGGAAUCACAGGCUGCGUCAACCCUGGUGAAGUUCUUGCUCUCAUGGGGCCUUCAGGAAGUGGGAAAACCACACUUCUCAACCUGCUGGGCGGGCGGUUGAACCAGUCCAAUAACCGGGGCGGCUCAGUCACUUACAAUGACCAGCCUUACUCAAAGUCCCUCAAAAGCAGCAGGAUAGGAUUUGUGACUCAGGAUGAUGUCUUGUUCCCUCAUUUAACCGUGAGAGAAACGCUGACAUAUGCUGCCCUUCUACGACUGCCGCGUUCACUGUCUCGAGAAGAGAAGACAAAACGAGCAAUCGAUGUCAUCCAAGAACUUGGCCUCGAGAGAUGCCAGGACACGAUCAUCGGCGGGUCGUUCGUCCGGGGAGUCUCCGGCGGGGAGAGGAAGCGAGUCUCGAUCGGGAACGAGAUCAUCAUCAACCCUUCGCUUCUCUUUCUCGACGAACCCACUUCCGGGUUGGACUCCACCACCGCACUGAGGAUCGUCCAGAUGCUGCAGGAAAUUGCAGAGGCCGGCAAAACGGUGGUCACCACAAUUCACCAGCCCUCCAGCAGGCUGUUCCACAAGUUCGACAAGCUGGUGCUUUUGGGGAAAGGAAGCUUGCUCUACUUCGGGAAAGCGUCGGAAGUGAUGGCGUAUUUCUCGUCGAUUGGGUGUAACCCUCUCCUGGCGAUGAACCCUGCGGAGUUCCUUCUGGAUCUCGCUAAUGGCAACAUAAACGAUGUCUCGGUGCCUUCGGAAUUGGAGGACAAAGUUCAUGUGGGGAGUGGUGAAGCUGACACCAGAAACGGGAAGCCCACUCCUGCCAUUGUUCACGAGUAUCUGGUGGAGGCCUACGAGACACGAGUUGCCAAGAGGGAGAAGAAGAAGCUGUUGGCUCCAAUACCUCUAGAUGAAGAAGUGAAGUUGAAAGUCUCAUCUCCAAAACGACUGUGGGGAGCAACCUGGUGGGAGCAGUACAAUAUACUGUUCUGCAGAGGGAUCAAGGAGCGCCGCCAUGACUACUUCAGCUGGUUAAGAAUCACACAGGUGGUCUCCACGGCAGCCAUAUUGGGCUUGCUCUGGUGGCAGUCUGAUACCAGCUCUCCUAAAGGUCUCCAGGAUCAGGCCGGGUUGUUGUUCUUCAUCGCUGUGUUCUGGGGAUUUUUCCCGGUUUUCACCGCCAUCUUCACAUUCCCUCAAGAACGUGCGGUGUUGAGUAAGGAGAGAUCGGCUGAUAUGUACAGGUUGAGUGCAUAUUUCAUGGCCAGAACUACAAGUGAUCUUCCACUGGACCUGAUUUUGCCAGUUCUGUUCCUUCUGGUGGUGUAUUUCAUGGCCGGGUUGAAAAUGGGCGCUGCUCCCUUUUUCUUGACCAUGAUCACAGUUUUUCUCUGCAUUGUUGCAGCUCAGGGGCUUGGACUCGCCAUUGGUGCAAGCUUGAUGGACUUGAAGAAGGCUACUACUUUAGCUUCAGUUACUGUCAUGACCUUCAUGCUUGCUGGAGGCUUCUUUGUUAAUAGAAUCCCAGUUUUCAUAUCUUGGAUACGCUACAUGUCAUUCAACUAUCACACGUACAAGCUGCUUUUGAAGGUACAGUACGAGCAUAGAAUGCCAGUUGUUGGUGGAACCAGAAUCGACAGUGGUUUAGAGGAAGUGUGUGCUCUGGUUGCCAUGGUAUUUGGCUACCGCAUUUUGGCCUAUAUUUCUCUGAGGAUGAUGAAGUUACAGUCUGGUGCCUGAUAGAUUAUAACAAAGGAUUGUUUAUCAGGAACAUGAGAUGAUCAUCUAGCUAGCUUGUGAAAACCUUGUGUUCCAAGCCGAAGAGAAAGGGGAAAGUGAAGCUAUAGCCUAAACUAGCAGAUUUUCCACCUCUACCGAGUACCUGGUUCUUGUCAGGCUAAGACCUGCUCUGAAAAGAUGGGUCUUUCCUCCUGGAAUUAGGAAGCAUGAAGAUGAGCUUUUAGAAGUACUGACCGGGAACUCAAGUUCUUGUGCUAGAGUUUGACAAUAUGCAGUAUUGCUAAACAUUAAUCCAGCACUGAAAUUUCAACAAUAAGACUUGGAGGAUGGGAAGUAACUCUUGAGUGUGAUAUGGUAUAACUAGCAGACUAGGUGCAAGUUUGGAAUUUUGUAACACAAACUCGAGCCAUAAGAUGCAUGUACAAUUUUCGUUUGACAUGAGACUUGGAAAUCAGAAGCUUGAUUACCAAGUUACUACCAUGUUUCUAUCUUUUGUCUUUUGAUCAUAAUGUUUACCGCUUUGGAAUUUGAAAUAUAUGGCUCUCUAUUCUCUGGCAAAACUGUUGUCCCAAAGGUUAAGAAUGCUCAAGUCAGUGUCAACGAGCCAAGUAGACCAAGCAAGGCAACAUCCAAAACAGGG